CCUAUGCAGCAGCUCUUCCUUUUCACGCAAAUGUGUUCAUUUCAGAGUGAAUUUGAUGAUUUUUUGAAGGCCGCAGGCUCCAAACUCGUCGUCGUUGACUUUUCGGCAAAAUGGUGCGGACCUUGCAAAGCAACCGAUCCUGUCAUUCGUGAUCUGGCUGUUCGGUACGACAAUGUGAUGUUCUGUAGUGUGGAUAUCGAUCUGGCAGAGGACGUGGCUAAUUCUUGUAAAAUUAUCGCCAUGCCGACAUUCCAGAUGUACAAGAAAACGGAAAAGAUUUGCGAAAUUACUGGUACUGACACCGGAAAGUUGGAAGCAAAGAUUGAAGAACUAAUGUAGUUCCUGCAGAAAACAAAAACAUAAGUUCCA